GCGGGCCCGAAUCCCUCUUCAACCUUCAGUCGUGUUUUUUCUGUAGGGGCACCUUCAACUAGCUUCGCUGGGCACUGUCUUUCAGAAUACAUAUAUUUUCCCCACAGACAUCAUGUCCUUUCUGGCUACCAGUAUCAGCAGGCUAGCACCAAGACUUCUUCAGUCAAAGAAUGCCUCAUGUGUCAUCGUGGCAUCCAGACAUGCCAGCUCAUCAACAAAUUUAAAGGAUGUUCUAUCAGACCUCAUCCCAAAAGAACAAAGUAGGAUCAAGAGCUUCAAACAGCAGUAUGGUAAAACCAACAUUGGAUCGAUCACUGUUGAUAUGGUCUAUGGUGGGAUGAGGGGCAUGAAGGGUCUGGUGUAUGAGACCUCGGUGCUGGAUCCUGAUGAGGGCAUCCGCUUCCGUGGCUACAGCAUUCCAGAGUGUCAGCAGCUGUUGCCCAAGGCUCCAGGAGGUCAGGAGCCACUGCCCGAGGGCCUCUUUUGGCUGCUGGUCACAGGACAGGUCCCCACAGAGGAACAGGUGAGCUGGUUGUCCAAAGAAUGGGCUAAGCGGGCAGCACUCCCCUCCCACGUCGUCACCAUGCUAGAUAACUUCCCUACCAACCUUCACCCAAUGUCCCAGUUCAGCGCCGCUAUCACAGCUCUGAACAGUGAGAGCAGCUUUGCCCGGGCCUACUCCGAGGGCGUCAACAAGGCCAAGUACUGGGAGUUCAUCUAUGAGGACUCCAUGGACUUAAUUGCCAAGUUGCCAUGUGUUGCUGCUAAAAUCUACCGUAACCUGUACCGUGAGGGCAGCAGCAUUGGAGCUAUUGACUCCAACCAGGACUGGUCCGCUAACUUCGCCAACAUGCUGGGCUACAGCAACUCUGCUGAGUUCACUGAACUUAUGAGGCUCUACCUCACCAUCCACAGUGACCAUGAGGGAGGCAACGUCAGCGCCCACACAAGUCACCUGGUGGGCAGUGCUCUGUCCGACCCUUACCUCUCCUUCAGUGCUGCUCUGAAUGGGCUGGCUGGACCUCUGCAUGGGCUGGCCAACCAGGAGGUACUGGUGUGGCUGACGGCCCUGCAGAAGGAGAUGGGAGGGGAGGUGUCUGAUGAGAAGAUGAGGGAUUACAUCUGGAACACACUCAAGUCUGGCAGGGUAGUGCCAGGCUACGGGCAUGCUGUCCUGAGGAAGACUGACCCCAGGUACCAAUGCCAGCAGGAGUUUGCCUUUAAGCACCUGCCCAAUGACCCCAUGUUCAAGCUGGUGCACCAGCUCUACAAGAUCGUGCCCCCAGUGCUGCUAGAGCAGGGUAAGGCCAAGAACCCCUGGCCCAACGUAGAUGCCCACAGUGGAGUGCUGCUGCAGUAUUAUGGGAUGACAGAGAUGAACUACUACACUGUGUUGUUCGGCGUGUCCCGAGCCCUGGGAGUGCUGGCCCAGCUGAUCUGGAGCCGAGCCCUGGGCUUCCCCCUGGAACGCCCCAAGUCCAUGAGCACGGACGGACUCAUGACCCUGGUGGGGGCCAACAAGUCAGGCUGAAGGGGGAGAGAAGGGAGGAAAUAACAACUAAAAGCUGACCUUGCCCCCAUCCCCAUGAAAGAGAUUCAAAGAGACAGUACACUUUUUUAAUUUAUUAUUAUUAUUAUUAUUAUUAUUAAUCAAAAAUCCCCAAAAAGGGUGUUUGAUAUUUACAUUGUUUGGUGUGAGACUGUUAGGUAUUCAUAGAUAUCCUAUAUUAUAUAUCCCCGCUAUGCCUCCACAUUUGGAAGAUGGAGAGAUGCGAAACACAUACUCAUACACUGAGUGUAAAAAAACAAGAACUCCUUCUUAAUAUUAAGUUGCCCCCCUUUGCCCUCAGAACUGCCUCAAUUUGUCAGGGCAUGGACUCUCCAAGGUGUCGAAAGCGUUCCACAGGGAUGCUGACUCCAAUGCUUCCCACAGUUGUGUCAAGUUGCCUGGAUGUCCUUUUGGUUGUGGACCAUUCUUGAUACACACAGGAAACUGUUGAGGGAGAAAAAUCCAGCAGUGUUGCAGUUCUUGACACACUCAAACCAGUGCACCCGGUACCUACUACCAUACCCCGUUCAAAGGCAACAUCAGAUUUCCCCAUGUGCCUGGGAGGACAGGGCCACCAACAGAUUGAAGAUGUGAAGGGGCAUAAAAAGUAGCAUGAAAUCCAAACUCUUAUACUGUUUUACUAUUGUUUCAAUUAGAGCAUAUCCGUUUGGUUUCCAGGCUACGUAAACAUAUAAUUAUGUGGGGAGUUACAGACAAAUGCCAAAUGGUCCUCAAUUGAGAUUUUAAAUUGUGGUAGUUUGACAUCAAGAUUAACCCCUUCAAAAAGCAAGCACAAUUAAUAAGGAAGCAAGUUAUUUUUAAUUUCGGUCACAUUCUGCUGGUAUUAGUUGCUGAAUCUUUGAUUGUCUGGAAAGCCUGGCCUAAUCUAAAACAGGGAAACGUAUAUAUUUUUUUUGCCUGAAACCCUCACCCCAUUUAUCUAUACAUUUCCCCCAAUGUCACUCUAACCAUUCUGAUUUCACUCCCAAGAACACUCCAGUAAAGAAAAAAGUCCUUCUCUGUAAAAGUAUCUAACUUCCACGGAAGAUGUUCAAUUUCGCUGAAGAAGGAUGCAAAUCAGGAAAGAAAGGGUGCUGCCCCCUUUAUUUAAAAUUAAUAUAUAUAUAUAGAUUUCAUUCAUUUGUCUGGCUUGAUUCCCUGACUUAAAUGGAUUUAACCUUGAACACAUCUCUGAACAAAAUAACCUUUUGUUUUUCAAUCGUGUCUUACAUUAUUUCCUUUCAAUUUCUGUCUGGGCACCUUUUGUAAUGUGGGAUUUGUGUGGAUAGGAUGUAUAUGAUAGAGCUCUGAAUUGAAGCCUGGAGUACCCAAAGGCCUGAUUUAAUAAUAGCAUAGACUUGUCAUCUUUGAAUGAUUGUGAGGACAAGGUCUUCUGAUUUUAGUAUGCACAUGAAUGCAAGCUUGGGCAUAAGUGUGCAGUCAGGCUAUGUAUCUGUUGAGGUCCUGUCUUAAUUUUGUUUAUAAACUGGGUGGUUCAAGCUAUGAAUGCUGAUUUGGCUGACAGCCGUGGCAUAUCACGCGUAUGACAAAACAUUUGAUUUUACUGCUAUUAUUACAUUGGUAACCAGUUUUAAUAGUAAUAAGGCACCUUGGUGGUUUGUUGUAUAGGCAUUGUGUUGCGCCUAAGAACAGCCCUUAGCCGUAGUAUAAUGGUCAUAUAGCAUACACUAUACUUAAGCAAUAAGGCCUGAGGGGUUAUGUUACUAAUGCCCCAGAAAAGCGCUUCAGUGAUCGAGCUGCUGCUACUUCAAAAUGAGCACUUGUUGGUUUAGAAUCCUUAGUUCUUAGCAAUAGUAAAACCUCUGUUAGAUUUGUCAUUUUUUGGGUGUUGAAUGAUAAUCCUCUAAUGUAUAAAGAUAAUAAUUUGUGGUUUUAAUGUAUACUUUGUAUAUAGUUAUGUAUAGCUUGACUGAAUGAGCGAUUUUCAAAAAGUAUUGCUCAGUCAUACAGCUGUGUGAUUCCAACCUUGCUCAUUACAUCUUUCUGUUUUGCGUGUCGUUUUGAAAGUUAUUCUUGUAAAUAAAUCUAUUGCCUGUGUUAUGUGGGCUUUUUCUGCUGUUUAGGGGGUGUUUGCUUUGACUGUUUUCAAGCUUGCUCUCAGGCAGCAGAUAAAGAUUUCAGGCACAUAGCAGCUUUUCCUGUGCUUAUGUUUAUCAACACAACAUACUAUAUAGCAGCUGUUGCACUUCUACCACUGCUUUCUGGAACGACUCAUUCAAUGUCUGUCAGACUUCACUGACGUCAGUCCCCUCAGAUUUCUACGCCUUGCUAUUCUCUCUUGGCUUGAUGUUUUUCUGUGUUCAUUCUUCUUGGUUUCUCUUGUGGAGCGUGGUUAUUUCUGAUCAUAGAGGGUCUAAAGAACUUGUGGAACCAGGGGAAGACGGGAUGGGUCAAAUGGGUGAAAGGCACUUAGAACAAAUGGGAAACCAAUAAAUGUUUUUAUUAACA